AUGCCGGUGUUUGAGAACCGGCACCUGCUCCGUGUCCUGCAGCCCCCACAGCAGCAGGCGCAGCACUUCGUGGAGUACUGCCGUGCACAUCAGGUGCUCACGCGAGGCCUCUGCCGCAUCGGCGCAACGAGACGCGGGGGCAUGCGGGGACUCAUCGCCAACAAGGACAUCAAGAAGGAUGAGAAUGUUGUGAUGCUUCCACCGCGUGCCUGCCUGCACCCUGGAACGGCGCUAAAAGAGAAGCGUUUCUUUUCCCUAUUCCCGGAGCAGGAGAGAGAAACGUAUUUUCUGAAGCAGUCGUUUAUUGAGAAUAGCCGUGUUGCUGAUCGCUCCAUAAUUCGGCACAAUCAGUUCCUCCUCGCGUGCUACAUGUCCUAUCUCAUCCUCCGAAACGACACGAAUGAGGGUGGACAGGCACUCAGGUAUGUGAACUUUAUGCCCCGCAGUGAGGGCGACUUUGAGCAGCUUACCAGCAACAUGAGCGGUGCGCUCGACAGCGCGGCGGUGUGCCGAGUAGGUCAAUCCGUCCUCGCCUCACACUUUGGGGUGACGCAGGCAGAAAUCAGGCCGCUGCUGCAGUGGUCGCUGGCGAUGAUAUUCAGUCGCAUGGUCCCGGUUGAUCAUCGCUGGACACUGAAGCACUCAUUCAGCGAUACGCCGUUCGAGAAUGCCUUUGAAAUGCGCGGGCCAAAUGAUGAUAAAAGUCUUGUGAAGGAGCCCAUCGCAUUUUUGUGCCCAGUGAUCGACAUGUGCAACCACAGUGAGCAUGAAAAUGUUGCCGUGAUGGUGCCGGAGCAAACUCCAACGGCGCAUGAGCCUGUCAUUUGUUUACGUUCGUUGAGGGACAUUGAGAAGGGUGAGGAGCUCACCAUGACGUACGGGGGGUCUCCCACAGAGCUGCGGGUUAUUUGGGGAAUGCAGCGCGUGCUGUGA